AUUCAAAAGAGGGCCACCUCUAUAAUUGUAUUUAGAUAAAGCCAUACAGCAGUUAACUUGUCAUCUACAAGCGGUUUAUUGUCGUUUUGUCUGAUCUUUCAGGUGGACCUUCUACUUGAUAUUUCUUGCACCUACCUUACCAUCAUCAAUCAAAAUGGCAGUGGUGGAGAGUGGGAAGAAAGUGAUGGUGGCAAUCGAUGAGAGCGGGUCAAGUUACCAUGCUCUGAUGUGGGUUCUUGAAAACCUGAGAGAAUCGAUCAGCAGAUCUGCCAAUCCCCUCAUUAUAUUUAUGGCUCAGCCUUCUGCGACUACCGCCAAUGUCUUUGCUGCGCCUCUUGGCUCUGCUCGCAUGUAUUGCCCCAUCUUAGCCAAUUCUGAGUUUGUGAACUCUGUUCAAGAACAGAACAAGGUGGUUUCAAUGGGGAUUUUGGAGAAAGCUAAGAGCAUCUGUGCCAGUCAUGGGGUAAAUGCAGAAACUAUAGCACAGGAUGGGGAUCCUAAACAGGCCAUAUGCGAUGCAGUCGAAAAGUACAACAUCAAUCUACUUGUUUUAGGUGAUCACGAGCUUGGAAAAGUCAAGAGGGCUCUGAUAGGGAGCGUAAGCAGCUAUUGUGUUCAUAAUGCCAAGUGCCCUGUUCUUGUUGUGAAGAAACCAGAAUGAUAGUAUAAAUCAUUUCUGACAUUGAGAUAAUGUGGCAAAAUUGUGUUUGUACAGUCAAAUUCUCUACAUUGAUCAAAUUGUAAACUAUCUAGACAAAAAAUGAUGGUAUGCUAGGUGUUUCUUUUGUUAAAUAAAGUGAUAUUGAAUUUGGCUUGUUUUUUUGUUGUCAUGAAGCUAUGUCCUUCCAUUAAACAACGGUUUUCCUUAUAUUGUAAUUUCUGUUUUGUUAAACA